GAUCGUCUGUAACCAUUUAGGCUUCUCAAGUUCGACUUUAUUAAAUACGAAGGGAGGAAGCGAAUGAACUUUAUCUUGAACAAAUCUUGUGAAAUAUAUUGACUAGAAAAUGAAAAAUGGCCUCAGCUAAUUGGCUACCUCUUGGUCAUGUUUAUUACGAGAAGCUUGAGUUAUAUUCUCUAGAGUGGGGAGACCAGAUUGAUCUGUCUAAGUUUAUUGUGGCAGCAGCUCCGUAUGGCGGACCAGUAGCAUUGUUGAGAGAUGAUAGCAACAAUCCAAAUAUAUCUGCAUCUGUGAAACCAAUUAUCCAUGUGUUCACUUCAUCUGGGAGACCUAUUGCUCAGCUCAGAUGGACAAGUGGACGUAUAAAGAAGUUGGGUUGGUCCACCACAGAGGAUUUGUUAUGUGUACAAGAUGAUGGUGUAGUUCUUGUUUAUGAUAUCUUCCUCAAUUUCAAACGCCAGUUUGGUUUAGGUCAGGAGGCAAAGGACACUAAAGUGUUAGAUGUACGUAUAUUCCGGAGUUACAAAGGCACGGGUAUAGCUGUCCUAACGUGUUCAUACAGAAUCUUCAUGGUUAACUGUAUAGAUGACUUGAGGGUGAGGAGACUCGCAGAAGUACCAGGUUUAAACAGUUCACCAACAGCUUGGGGUAUUAUUACUAUGGAUGGUCAGUCGCAGGCAUUAGUGGCCAAACAAAAUGAACUGUACCUUGUUGACCAUGGUGGGCAGUAUCAACAACAAACUAUAGAUGUAUCUGUACCUGCUGAGGCUAUCAUGGACAUGGCUAUCUCUUUCAAUAACAAGUACCUGGCACUGUUUACAGAGAGUGGAAUAGUCUGGAUAGGGUCCGCUGAUCUAAAGAAAAAGUAUUGUGAAUUCAACACUAAGUCCCAUCAGAGACCUUCACAAUUCAUUUGGAGUGGACCUGGAGCAGUGGUGGCAUUGUGGGAAAAGUUGAUGCUUGUGAUUGGUCCAGACAAAGAUUAUAUAUCAUUCCAGAAUGACUCAGCAGUCAGUCUAGUAGAAGAGGAAGAUGGUGUACGUAUAGUAGGACGUGACAAUGUCGAGUUCUUCCGUAAAGUGCCAUUGGUUACAGAGCAGAUAUUUAAGAUAGCAUCUAUGGAACCUGGUGCUAUGUUAUUUGAAGCUUCCAGAGAAUUUGAGAGAGAAAGUCAGCGGGCAGAUGAGUAUAUUCGUACAAUCAAAGAUAAUUUAGAUGUAGCGGUGUCACAGUGUAUACAGGCGGCUGGACAUGAAAUAGAACCGUCUAAACAAAGGGCACUGCUGAAGGCAGCCUCAUUUGGGAAGUGUUUUCUGACUGACUAUAAUCCAGAACCAUUCUUCAAUAUGUGCCAGAUGUUGCGAAUACUGAAUCAAGUACGAAACCCUAGCAUCGGAAUUCCACUCACCUAUUCACAGUUAGAACAUCUGACCAUGCCUGUAUUGAUAGAUAGACUUGUGUUGAGGAAAUACUUUUACCUAGCUAUUAGGAUAUGUCAGUACCUAAAACUACCAGAGUCUGAGGGAGCCAGUAGGAUUCUUGCCCACUGGGCUUGCUAUAAGGUGUUGCAGAAAACUGAAGAUGAUGAGCAGGUUGCUUAUGCCAUACGAGACAAGAUGGGUGACACGCCGGGAGUGUCAUACUCGGAUAUAGCCAGUAAGGCUUUGGAAUGUGGCAGAACUGAUCUAGCAAUUAGGCUGUUGGAUUAUGAACCAAAGGCUGCUCGACAGGUGCCACUGUUACUACAGAUGAAGAAGGAACAAAUUGCACUCAGCAAGGCCAUCGACAGUGGUGACACUGAUUUAAUAUACUUUGUGCUAAUGAGGCUGAAGGACACUAUGCCACAAGGAGAAUUCUUUAUGGCAAUAAGAAAUAUACCAGUAGCUCUUUCACUCUUUCUGCAGUACUGUAGACAGCAGAAUCCAGAGCUAAUGGAGCAGCUGUUUUAUCAGGAGGAUAAUUUUCAGGAUGAGGCGACCUGUCAGGUGCAAAAGAGCUUUAAACAAGAGAGAUUAGAAGACCGUCUGCAAGUGCUAAAUAAUGCCAAAGAAAGUUACACCAAAGCCAGGAAUGAAUUUGCUGCAAAGCAAGUUGAUGAUGAGAUAAAGCUAUUGAAAUAUCAGCGUCGUCUCGAGGAAGAGCUUCAUAGGCCCUACAUGGAUCUAUCAUUACAUCAAACAGUACAUAAACUCAUUGUGGACAAUAGUAACAAAAUGGCUGAACAACUGCGUAAAGAGUUUAAGAUUCCAGAAAAAAGGUACUGGUGGUUGAGAAUUGAUGCUCUGGCAGAGGCUGGAGAGUGGAUGGAACUAGACAAAUUCUCAAAGACAAAGAAACCACAGUUAGGCAUGGAGGCAUUUGUUGAAGUGUGUUUAAAAUAUGGUAAUAAAAGAGAAGCUAUGAAGUACAUUCCUAGAGUAGUACCAGAUAAAAAAGUACAGUGUCUCAUUAAAAUGGGAGAUCUCAGACUAGCUGCAGAAGCAGCAUUUGAGAAUAGAAAUGAGGAUGAUUUAAACCGAGUGUUGAGAAAAUGCACAUUAGCUGACAGAGCAGUAGAGGACCAGAUAAAGGGGUAUAAACAACAGCUAGCAGGGGGAAGGAGAUAGUGGACAUUAGUUCUUUAUAAUUUCACUGUUUUCAUAUUUAUAAAGAUGUAUCUAGAACCUAUGGAAACGUUAUGAUUAUGAUGGAAAUUAGGUCUUGUUGAUUUUGGAACAUUUGUGAUGUACAAAAUUUGGUUUUGUCAGUGGAUGUAAGAAGCAUAAGGCUUUCUGUCACUAGUAAAAAUCUGUGAAUCAUGGAGUGCAUUCAAUAUCUAUGUAAUAGAGUUCCGUUUAAGCCUGUGCUAGGAGGUGUGAGGGGUGUUGCACUUUCCAUUACCUUUCAUGAACAGACUCAGUCAAACCGAGUCUGCUGUUAUUUUGCUUGGUUGCAUUCUGUGCUUCCAAAGGACCUUCAUAUAGAUAUUAAUAAAAUUCAACAAAACAAACAAACAAAACAUCUAGUGCUUACUAUU